UUGUACCGGUAACAUUCGUCCUUAUGUCGACAUUAGAUGUUAUGUAUAUGUACAGGGGAACCAGAAUUUUCUCAGGCCAUGUCCUCCUGGGACAUAUCUGAAUCCUAUUACAUGUGUUUUAGAAAGCAUACCAAGUCAUACUUUCAUAGAUCGGAGGCCGGAAUGUAAUCGAGCGAUGUUUGGCGAAACAGUCCACGUCUCCAGCGGACACACUCCCCACAGCUCUGGUGGAUCAGGGGUUAAUCCUGCUGUCCAUACGACUGCAUCAAAUGUACAUCAUCAUGAUUUAUGCCUCCAUAAUCACACAUAUUACCGAGAUAUUUUUAGGAAUGCAGAAAGGGACAACUGUCUUUCAUCUUAUUCGGUGUUUAGACAAUUGGAUUACCUGCGACGAACGGAUCAUAUUUGUGCGUCAACAUUAGUGAAGAAAAUGGCUAGUCUUAAUCUACCCAGCUGUACAUGUUCAAGUAGACAUAUCUAUUAUCCAUACCAGAAAACUUAUAUUUAUGACGCAAGUUGUAGACAAGACCAUCACUUCCAAGUAUGGGAAGAUCUUCUCCGCCUGAGCAAGAUGAACACCCGAUGCUUAGAUGAUUUUAUCUCUCAUAUGCACGUUGCUUAUGAGCAUAAUCAUGAUCCAAACUGUUAUCACGCCUGCCAAAGUUCUAUCCAGGUUUCUACGACUACAAAGACAACAAAGGCUGCAACACAACCUUCAACAGCAACUAUAACGACGACAACAUCCGCAACAACAACUUCAUCACCUUCAACAACAAUAACCACCACUCAACCCACAACAACAAACUCACCAUCGACAACAACAACAAUUACUUCAACAACACCGACCGUAACUUCAACCACAAGUAAACACACAACAAUCAUCGCAUCAACAGAAACACCAACAAAUAAUUAUCCCACAAUUACGUCUUCAACGCCAACAAUUUAAGCAGAUUCAUAAUUAGUCCGGAUGUUUAAUAAGCAAU